GUGACGUUCUGUUAAUGUAGUAUUAGUUAGUGUGUGACAUAUGUAGGGAUCGACAGCGGCGCGCGAGUCAGUAACUCAGUGCUGAACGCGGGAGAUUCAACACCUAUCGAGAAGGUCCUAAGCCCCCAAAAUGGAGCCGAAAGCGCCCGGAAUGAAGUACUUACCGCUGCUGGUGUUCCAGCUGAUCCUGGCGGCACUUUUCUUCGUCUUCGUGAAGUAUGACGGCGAUAACCAUCACCAACUUCGAGGUUUCGAAGACACCCACGUGAUGAUCUACAUCGGCUUCGGGUUCCUGAUGACGUUCCUGAAGAAGUACUGCUACAGCGCGCUCGGCUUCAACUGGCUACUCGCGGCUUUGGUGGCGCAGUGGUCCCUUCUUACUCAGGGCUGGUUCAAUAUGAAGGACAUGGUUAUACCGCUUAACAAGGAGACUAUAAUCGAGGCUGACAUAAUGGCGGCGACCAUUCUCAUAACAUUCGGAGCACUCCUAGGCGUCGCCAGCGGUGGCCAGCUCCUCUUCAUCGCGAUCGUGGAGACCGCCAUCGCCAGCGCCAACAUUUACCUCGUUACCAGCGUUUUUCAGGCAGCGGACGUUGGUGGCUCGAUCGCUAUCCACUCCUUCGGAGCCUACUUCGGCUUGGGAGUGAGUCUCGCCCUCAAAUCCAAGAAGGUUGAGGGCCAAGCGGAGAAGAAUGUGCUGAACGCGCCUACUUACAUAUCAGACGUUACUGCUAUGAUAGGCUCGAUAUUUCUGUACAUCUAUUGGCCGUCUUUCAACUCGGCGCUCACGGGCACCGAUGAGGAGUACCAACGGGCGGUCACCAAUACUUACCUCUCGCUCGCAUCUUGCACUGUGGUUACUUUCAUCCUAUCCUCAAUCUUGAACCACGAACCAGGGAAGUUUGAUAUGGUUCACAUUCAGAACUCGACGCUGGCUGGUGGCGUUGCUGUGGGCUCGGUGUGCAAUAUGCACGUUCAGGCUGGCGGGGCCAUACUUAUCGGUAUCGGGGCCGCGACCAUCAGCGUGUUGGGCUAUAGGUUCCUUACGCCCAAGUUAGAGAAACUAGGCCUACUGGACACAUGCGGUGUGCACAAUCUCCACGGCAUGCCGGGCGUUUAUUCCGGCCUACUGUCAGUACUGUUCGCUGCGCUCGCCACCUCCAGUACUUACGGCGAUACUGGACUACACAGCGUUUUUGGAGCUAUGAAGGAUGGUAGGACAGCCAAGGAGCAAGCUCUCUACCAACUCGCCGCCGUCGGCGCGACGCUCGCUAUCUCCUUUGUGAGUGGAAUGAUCACUGGUUUUAUAGCGAAGUUGAAGAUGUUUGCUCCACUGGAAGAAAAAGACAAGUACAAUGAUGAACUCAACUGGGAACUCCCUUAGUGUCUCUAGCUGUAUUCACGAGAUAAUUUUGUAUAUUGCAUAUUUACGUUACGACGAAACUACCCCAAAAAAAUCUUUAAAAUUGCUCGAAUAUGCAAGAGUGCCUUUAGUACCGUUUGGUAACCAAAAUUUCGUAACCAGCUACAAAAUGGAAAUCAAGAUUCCCAGUUUGUAGCCGGUUACGUAUUGGACCAGCGUGAUGUUACCGUUUGGUAACUAAAUUUGGUAACUGAUAUUUCUUUCCCGUUUCGAAGCUGGUUACCAAUUUUUAGUUACCAAACGGUACUAAAGGCAAGAGUGAUAGAGAUUCAGAUAACAAGACUUCGAUUUUAGUUUUUUGCGGUAGACUCUCAGUUAUAGUCUGUUAUUAAUUCUUUAUUCGUCUUUGAUAAGUAUCAUAUCUACCUACAUAUUAUUUAAAAUACAUACUGGGUGUGACCAUAUAUGGGCAUUAAAUGUGAGAUCGAUUGAGAUAUAUUAUGGGGCAUUAUCUAUGAAAAGGGACCUUAUUGUCGAUGGCGCAUACGCCGCACAGCGUCGCGCGGCAUUGUAUUUACAUAUAUCGGAGCAUAGUUAAUAAUGGCGCAAGCGCCAUCGACAGUAAGGUCCCUUUUCAUAGAUAACGUCAUUUAUAUAUUAUAUUGGUAUAAUACUAAAGUAUGAUUAUUUAUUAGUUUUUAAACUAGUAUUAUAGUAAAAUCGUUAGAAUUUUGUUGUGUUCAAGGCGACUAAUAUUUCGUGAUCUGAAUUCAGAAUAAACCACCAACAUAUUUUUUAUUGUGUUAAUAAAACAAUUCGUUCAAUCUUAAAGCUUAAUUAAGCCCACGAAGAAACCCUAUAUGUAAACUUAAGGAGUAUUAAAGUGCCGAAAUAUAAUAUAUUAUUAUAAAGUCAAAAAUUAAGGUAAUGCUAUAAAAAUAUCAGAUAAAUUAUUCAUCUAUACCUAAGCCUACUUUAGCGAGCAAAUAGUCAAUCGCUUUCUCGCUUAGUUGGACAAAUUUCGUGAAUAGAUAAUAUUAUAUUCCCAGCAAAUGUAUAUUAUAAAUAUUAUAAUGUCUGUAAAUAGAUAAUAAAGACAUUUUCAUAUUAUUUUUUACAUUAUUCUCACUGUCUACCCUUGUUUGACAUCGGAAGGUCACUCUUUAACGGCGCGAUUCGGGAAAUGAAUUAGAGAUUCACUAGAUAUGAAAUAGUAAAGAUAUGUGACGUUCCACGGCAAAAGGUACCUAUCAUACGUGCCACACACCCAUAUUCCAUUAGAAAAUCUAAUACCUAACUAUCUAAAUGUAGUUAGGUAUCAGAUUAGGUAUCUAAUGGGAUAUGAGUGUGCGGCGUUUAACGCUGCGAGCUGCGUUUAUUACAUAAAACAACCGCGCGCUUUAUCCCAACAAUGACCUUAUAGCCUUUUACUUUGGCUACAAAUAGCUUCAAUGUUAUGUAUUACAAAAGUAUUGUUUUGAAAGUAAAUGUCCAGCUCGAUGGGUAAGCUUCUUUUAGUUGUAAGCUUCUUUCAGUAAAUGUACUUUAUUUUAUACUCAAAACUUAUCUUAUUGUUGUAUUAUUAUAAUAGAAUGUAAAGGAUGACUCACGCUAGACCGGGCCGGAGCUUCCGGUGCUCCGUUUUUUAUGGAAAGCACCACGUGAUCACCGAUCAGCCGUCAUAGAAAAUGACGUGUCGGAUGCCUCGGCCCGGACCCGGCCCGGUCCAGCGCGAGUCCUUAAGUUAGACUAGACACUGUAAGUAUAAAUACAAAAGCAGCACCUGAAUUGUAAAAUUUAUAUUAAAAGACUUAAAAAAUCUGA